AUGAGAGCUGACUUUCAAAAAUUAGCUGCAGAAAUUAAGAGAGAUGUGCAGGCCAUUGGAGAGCGCAUGGCCCACUUAGAGGACAAAAUGGAGAAGGUCAUUGAGGCACAUAACACCCUGGUGGACACCUACACCAUGUUCCAGACUUGGAUACAGCAGCUGGAGACAAAGGAGGUGGACUUCGAGGAUAGAACCCGCAGGAACAACAUCCGUCUGCGUGGCAUAUCUGAGGAUGUCAAGCAGCCCGAGCUGAGAUAA